AAUCAUCUGGCUGCACAACCAACGGGACUUGAAAAAAAGAAAGAAAGAAAGAAAGAAAGAAAGAAAGAAAAGGAAGAAGACGACGGGCGAGAGAGAGAGCCUGUAUAUGUGUAUGGAGUAGCUAUUACUUAUCAGGUAAAAGGCCCAGCAGUGCUGACGAGUAGAUUCAUGCUUGCUGUUCGUCUCCGCCCCAGCAAGAGGGAAGUUGACUGUCAACUCGACUCCAUCGCCAAUAUGCAGGCAGAAAGGAGAAAAGGAACAACUAACUGUGACCGGAGAGACAUCACCACGAGCUCACCGUCUUCUCUCGGAGUUUGGACAGAGGGACUCACCCCAUUGGCUGCCUGUGAUGCCGGUGUAAACCAUCCCAUGCGGAGGCGAGGCUUUUCUCUUUUUGCUCUUGCUCUCUCACGCUUUACCUCUCAUUUUUGCCCGGCUGCUGCUGCUCUCUUCCAACUGUACAGAAGAAUGUCGUCUGAUAUGUUGGCGAUCAAGCUGGGCGACCAAACUAGCCCAAAUCCAACCCGAGCCCCAUCCCCGUUCAUAGGCAACACCAGCAACGCUUGCGUUUCAAGUGACGGUGCUGAUCUUGCUGCUUAA